AAGUUUUGUUUUAUGUUUGUCAAAUCUGCAUCAGGUUAUUUCCCCAUUUCUCCCUCCUUUGUAAUCAAUCCUGAAUAACAUUCUAGCUUGUUUGCACCUAAACAUCACCUCCUCUUUCCUUACUGCACUUACACCGGAGAGAGGAAAAAGGAUUUACUUCAGUGCUUAAUUAAUUCACGGGAGAUAGACCCUGAUGGGGUGGGGGCAAACCUGUACUUCUGGCAAGGGCACUGAGUGGCAUUUUAACCGUGCUGGCUACCUACGCUCUUGGGGUAUCAGCACCACACCUCACCCCUGCAGGGAUUUCACAAGUUACAGCUGUGAUGAAUCGGACCCGUUCAGUACAAUUACACUCCACCUUUAUUUGAUGAUCCCAUGACCAACAGGCAGCCAAGUGCUGUCCAUCCCUGGAGUGGCUUCUCUGUGUUUCAUUUGAAGAAAUGCCACUGGUAUCAGCUGAUGAGAGAACUCCAUGGAUGCCAAUGACAGUCUCUGUUCAUGUCUUUCAUUGCUGGCAGUUCCAAUCACAUGGGGCACAGCUAUCUUUAGCUGGAGGUAUUUAUAUUACAAGUUAGCAGCUUCUUAGAGUCUGGGGAGGCUCAGAAAGCUAGCAAACCAUCGCUGAAGAGUUAGGAGUCGUGCUCUGCUUGGGAGGCAGCUGACAUACUGAGAAGGGCUCUGGGUUCCAUUGUAUACUUGCUAAUGCACUGAGACACCACCACGGCCUGCUUCCCCUCUUGAGGUCCCCGGCAUUAGAAGGGUGGCUCAGGCUCAGAUCAUGCAGGCGUUCCCGAGGGGAAGAGUGCGUAUCCAAGUGGAGGAGGAGUUUUUCGCCACGGACAAGGCUCUGCUGGUGGAACACAGUGAGUACUUCCGUGCGCUCUUCCAGUCUGGCAUGAAGGAGAGCACGCAAGACGAAAUCCAGAUCCGAGACGUGAGUGCCGUGGGAUUUCUCCUCAUGCUCCGAGUCCUGGCAGGGGAGAGACCUGUGCUGACAUGUGAGGAGAAUCUGAAGGCGGUCGAAUGUGCGGCUUUUCUUCAGGUGAAGUCGAUGACCAAGUACCUGAUUCAUUCCAUCAAUUCCGAUAACUGCAUUGUCCUUUAUCAAGCUGCUGCCAUGUUUGGCUUGCUGGACCUUUUCCAUAGUGCUGCCCUGUUCAUUAGAGACAGCUAUUCUGAUUUAGAGGAGUACUUAGACUGUCUUUCUGCUGACCUGUUGGAUUACGUGGACUCCCUUCUGCCCAGCACAUUUGUCGCAGUGGGAGCCCAUACACCAACCUUUGAGUUUCUACAGGAUCUUUCGAGAACCAUCUGCUACCUGGAUGAGGAUGAAAACACGUGGAAGACACUUUCCUGCUUACCGCUGACAGCUAGCACCUUCCUGGCUGGCAUGGCGACAUUGGAUAAUAAGAUCUACAUAGUGGGUGGAGUCCGCGGAGCAAGCAAACAAAUUGUGGACCUCGGGUUUUGCUACGACGUAGAUGCUAACAGCUGGAGUGAGUUUUCCAGCCCUCAGCAGCUCCGGUAUGACCUCACACUGACAGGUCAUGAAGGUUAUCUGUACGCCAUAGGAGGAGAAUUUGAAAAGACCUUGCUAAAGUCUGUGGAGAAAUACAACGUGUCCUCCAACACUUGGACUUUUGUCUCCGAUCUACCCCAGCCAACAGCAGGUGCACCCUGCGCACAGACCAUGGGACGGAUAUUUGUCUGCUUGUGGAAGCCACUAGACACCACUAUCAUUUAUGAGUAUGAGAUCCAGAAAGAUGAGUGGCUUCCGAUAUCAGCCUUAAAGAGGCCUCAGAGCUAUGGCCACUGCAUGGUGGCCCACAGAGAUAAUCUCUACAUCAUGCGGAACGGGCCCUCGGACGACUUCCUGCGGUGUGUGAUAGACGGCUUCAACCUUACCACUCUGCAGUGGACAGCUUUACCAGGGCAAUACGUGAACAGCAAAGGCGCGCUUUUCACUGCCGUGAUCAGGGGGGACACGGUUUAUACGGUCAACAGGAUGCUGACCCUGCUCUACUCCAUAGACGAGAAUACAUGGAGGUUUAAAAAGGAGAAAGCUGGAUUCCCAAGGAGUGGGUCCCUACAGACCUUUCUUCUCAGGUUCCCAAAGAGAAACCACAGCAUUGCCACUUAGUCCCUGCCACAAGGGGGUGCUCUAGAAUACAAAAGCUGAAAUAGUCACGUCUGGAUCCUCAUCUAGCUCCUUUUCUUUCCAAGUCUCGAGUCUAGCUGCUCAGUAGGAUUCCAUGCAUAACAGGAGAUUGCAGUGUCACUCCGGCCCCGAACUACUGAGUGCUGCUAACUCCUCCUGUGUGUUUGCCUUCCAAGUAGCAGGUGCCAGUGUGAGGAGUGCAGUUCUGCUGCGGGCCCUGCAGAUUACCCUCUGCUCAUGGUUACAAAGCAUCAAACACCCUAGUGCUCACCCUCUAUUUAAAACCCCAGAGGUUGUCCUAACAUGUAUACAGUUUGUAGAGCCCUUGCUCAGGCCUUCAGAUGAAAGACAUUGCAGAAAGGCAAAAUCGACCAUGUGGCUUAAAGGUUGCAACACCAGACUGGAAGUCAGAUGAUCUGGGUUGGAUUCCCAGCUAUGCGAUUGACCUUGUGGGUAACCUUGGCCAAGUUACUUCCCCUCCCUGUGCCUCAGUCUCCCCAUAUUUAAAACAAGAAAUAACAUUGUCCUCCUUUGUGAAGCACAUUGAGAUCCAUGGAGCGAGUCAUUGUUUGUAUUGACCGAAUUUGUCAACUGUUUAUUAAACCAUUUAUUCUAG